UACUUGUCAUAAUACCAACACAGUAAUUGAAUAUAAUUUUUUAAAACACAUUUUGCAAAGAAAGGAUCCUAUGAAAGAAAGAAGCAGUGCCUAGGCCCUGUGACUGUCAUAUUGUGGGGACCAGGCUAGGGCUCAGGGAAGUUGCAGCUCAUUCAAAGCCGUGCAGGAGAGAUGGGCAAAGCACAACCCACACAGACCCAAACCUGUGCUAUUUUCCUGCCAUACCUUGAGGCCUCAUUCUCAAUUGGCUUUUCCCUACACUCUAGCUUUCAGCCUCAGCAUCAUUUCCACAGAAACAGUGAGUGCCUAAAAACUGGGGCACUGCAUCCUUAAUUUUAGCACCCCAUCUGCUCCUGGAUAACGACAGACAGAAAUGCACAAAACCUUCUUUUCAGAGAGCCUCAUCCCAGGAUUCCUGAGCAAGUGUGCAGGCCUGCCCAGGGCUUCAUGAAAGUGAGCACUGCCCUGACCUUGUUAAAGUGGACAGUUCAGUCCAGCAAAAGCGCCCCUCCCUGUUCCAUUAGGCUGAGUGUGAAACUGGCCCCCUGGAACUCAGAGAUAAUGAGCAAGUGGAGAAACAGGUGGAAAGCAAUAGUGCUGGAGUUUGCACACUCCACUGCUGCUCACCAGCCACUGCUGUUCACCAGCCACUGCUGCAAAUGAGAACCUUUGGGAAGUUUGGCCUUCAUUUCCCUGCACACUGAGAGGUCAGUGUGAAUAGGGGCCAUUUUACAUUCAAGGCACAAGACACUUUCCUCCAGUAAAUGGAGUUUUAAUAAAGCCUUUGUAUGAUUCCGGGUAUCACAACAACUAAAUCAGAUCCUGGAUGCAUUAGCCUGGGCCCUGGUGAGUUUCCCUAUGGCAUUUCACUUAUGAUGCGAUACUUACUAGCUUUGGCUGAGUUUAUCAUCAGGAAGAGGUUUCUAAAUUAUCGUAGACAGCAUCUGCUUAGAUAAAAUUAUGUGUCCCCUCUUUGAACCUCACUUUCCCCAGUGGUAAAAUGAAAGACUUAGGUUAUUUCUAAACUCUCAUCUAGUUCUGGAUUUUAUAUUUUGAACGACUACUAAGGGAGAGACCCCAAGUUAAGGGCUGGGGUCGUGUUUGGGGGAUCACAUGAGAUUAUGGCUGGAAUAAAAAUGUGUAAAUCUUAUUCACCUUUCUUUUGACAGAGAAUAACAACAGUCAGUUGUGAAGGAACAACUGUGGACUCAAGGACUUUAGAUACUUUCCCCUCCCUCACCACAAUAUUAAUGUUGCAAGAUAAAUUAGUAGUAACAUUUCAGAGAUGAGAAAUUUAGGCCCAGGGAGGUUAAGAAACCAUAACGUUUAGUGCCAGGGAUUCAGCUGAAGAUUUGACUUCGCCUUGCAGCCUUCAUUAUUUUUACCAUCACCAUCAUCAGGUUUAUUGCCAUUGUAUUAUAGUCACAAGAAAGAUGCAUUCACAUGGACAGCAACACAAACACAGUCAAUACCAAGUUAUAUUGGCUUGAGGUAAGGUGUCCACGGAUGACCUUUGCCUGGAUAUAGAUUGUGUAGGAAAUAAAGGGUGUGGGACAUUCUGAGUGACAGAGUAUCCAGAAAAGUUAACUUUUCCAGAUGAGUUAAACUGAAUCUUCAUUUACUGGGAGCAAGGUCCAGGGCUAUAAACAUGCUCCCCAACAUAACUGAGUUUCUUUCCUCCACUUCAGACAGGUUGCAACCAAGAAGCUGUGUGUGUGUGUGUGUGUGUGUGUGUGUGUGUGUGUGUGUGUGGUUGGCAGGAGGUGGUGAAGAACAACUCCUGUCACUCUUAAGUCAGCUACACAGAGUUUGAUGUCUGAUUUUUUUUUUUUUUUUUCAUUUUCACAAAGCUUGACUUUCUAAGCUUGGGACAUUUGAUGACUUAAAUGACUGCCUCAGUUUCCCAGUGUGCUCAGGCUUCAGGAAUCCAAACUUAUCAAGUCUAUGGCGACACCUAGAGAAGGAGGAUAAGUUUAAUCUUGGCACCCUCAGAUUGAGCUUUGUACCCACGUGGGACUGCUCAGCAAUUGUGAUGAGAGAGUCCACUUUGUUCCAUCAUCCCACCUAGCCCACUGUGUCAUUAGAAGAGCAAUAGCCAUUAUGGGGCCGUGUUGCCCUUCUCACGCUGGGCGACACUUAACAGCUGUCGUUUUCUUGGGUCCAUCACGUGAGCAUAUUGGAGCAAUGGGCUUUUGGAGUCACAAAGACAUUUUCAAAUCCGACUUCUGCCGCUUGUCUGUCAAUCUGUCUAUCAUCUAUCUAUUUUUUUUAGAGAUGGGCUCUUGCUCUGUCACCUAGGCUGGAGUACAGUGGCACUGUCAUUGCUCAGCGCAGCCUCAAGUUCCUAGGCUCACACGCUCCCCACCUCAGUCUCCCAAGUAGCCGGGAUUACAGGAGUAAGCUACCAUGCCCUUCUCUCUAUCUGUAUUUUCUCGAGCAAGAACUUUAACUCUCUGCAUUUAAGUUUCUUAUCAGUGAAAGAAACUAUUCUGGAAAUGAAACUAUUAAACCCUUGCAGUUGUUCUGCAGAGGAAUGACAGUAGCAUUUUGAAGCUAGCUCACUACAGUGAUGGGAGCAGGGUUAGUGGGAUAGAUGAAAUGAGAUUAUUAUUGUUCUUUUUUCUUUUACAAAUGAGGAAAGGGAGCCUCACAAAAGUUUUCCUUUCCCAGAGUUGCCCAGGGAGUGAUUGGCGAAGCCAGCCCGGAAAACCCUAACCUUCUGGGCGCAAUUGCUGACUUCCUGCUAGACUGGGAGCCACUGAGCAGCAAGGACUCUGCCAUACUGUCCAUCUCUAGGGCCUGGCUCUGGCAUCCACUUUGUUGAGCUCAUCCUUUACUUCUUUUUCCCUGUCCUCUGUGUCCCAUCCUAGCAUCUCCACUGUUCUUUGAUGAAAGUGCUUGGCUCAUUUCUGCCUCAGAGCUUUUUGGGCUUGCUGUUCCCUCUGCCCCAAAUGCUCUUCCCCCAGAUCUCUGCAUGGCAUGCACCUUCACCCUCUUAAACAUUUUGCUCCAAUGUCAUCUCAGUGUGGCCUUCGCUAACUACUCAUUAAAAAGACUUACUCUUCUCCAGCACUUCGUAUAGCCCUCCCAUCCUUGUUUUUCUUCGUAACACUUACCAAUACCUGACAUAUAGUAUACUUGAUAUACUUGAUUGAUUUAUUGUCCACCACCCUUCACUAGAACAUAAUCUGUGUCCUCAGAGCUGAACAAUGUAUGGCAAACAGCCCGCAGUCUGUAAAUUAUACUAUGCAUUGAUUGAAAGAGUAAAUAAACGUGUUUGGAGUGGCGGGGGUCUGUGUGUGAAUGCCUCCUGCCCUGAUGAUGUUUGCAGCAGAACACUAAACUGCGUCUCCCCAUGUGAUUGCUCCUUGCCAAACCCCUUCUCUGGUGAUCACUGAAAGUCACUAAUUAUCAUCUCAGCUGUGUACUUUGUCCUUCCUUCUUUGUGGGGUGGCUUUGAGCUCCCACAAGGGCCAGGAGGGCUGUCUGUUCUGGAGCUUUGCUCUGCAGCGUGAUCAACAUGGGUAAUGUAGCAUUUAACUUUAUAUUUUUAAAUCUCUGAGUAGAGCUCUUUACUAGAAAUUAAUUUGCCCAGGUUGUUGGGGUUUGUUUGCUUUCAGCUGCUGAGUUAUUUCUUCUGUGUCUGAGUUCUUUCUUGCCUGUGCCUGGAGUUCUAGGAAAAUGUUUUCUAGAAUGCUAGGAAACGUUGAGUUUGGUAAGUUAUGUUACCUGAGUUUUGGUAAAUUAUGUUGUGUACAAAGGGCUCCCUCUAAAGUGUGGGGAGAAGUCUUAUCAUGCUUUAAUUCUUUUAAAAGACACUUUUAUGCUUUUUGAAAUGUUUUAAAACAAACUUAUUCUAGGAGCAGAAAUCUUACAAAAGUGAAUGAAGCUAGAAAUUGCCUAAUAAUACAAAUCAUAUAGGAAGUAUUCUCUCUGACAGAUGUUAUGAACGAUGGGCUCAGUGGACCACAGUGGUGUCAGAAGUGGACUAAAGAUCAGGUGACCUAGCUAAUUGAUCUGCGUAACUUACUUAUUGUGUAACUUCAGGCAAAGCAUUCAAUCUUCCUAAGAUACCGUUCUUCAAUGUAAAGUGAAGACUCUAGGUCAGGGGUAUCCAAUCUUUUGGCUUCCCCGAGCCACGUUGGAAAAAGAAGAAUAUCCUUGGGCCACACAUAAAAUACACUAAUGAUAGCUGAUGGGCUAAAGAAAAUCACAAAAAAUUUCAUAAUAUUUUAAGGACGUUUAUGAAUUUGUGUUGGGUCGAAUUCAAAGCCAUCCUGGGCUACAUGUGGCUGGCAGGGUGCUGGUUGGACAAGCUUGCUCUAGGCUAUGGGUCUAGCUGAUAUCUGCGUUUCUUUUCAUCUUUAAAACCCUAGACUAGAAGCCUGAAGACUUUGAUCUUAGCUUGGUUGUCGCCAUUUCCUAGUACUGGAGCUGUAGCACUCAAGAAGAGUGAAUGAAAUGUGUAGCUCAGAGUGUCAUUUCUGAAGGGAGGAGUCUUUCUCUUGGAGAAGAGUCCUCAAUGAGCCUGGCCAAGGCCCGGGAUCUGUGUGAAGUGGACUAAGGAUUAAGUAGGAUGUCAACUGAGACAGAACUUCAAGUAGCUGUGAAAACCAGCGCCAAGAAAGACUCCAGAAAGAAAGGUCAGGAUCGCAGUGAAGCCACUUUGAUAAAGAGGUUUAAAGGUGAAGGGGUCCGGUACAAAGCCAAAUUGAUCGGGAUUGAUGAAGUUUCCGCAGCUCGGGGAGACAAGUUAUGUCAGGAUUCCAUGAUGAAACUGAAGGGCGUUGUUGCUGGCGCUCGUUCCAAAGGAGAACACAAACAGAAAAUCUUUUUAACCAUCUCCUUUGGAGGAAUCAAAAUCUUUGAUGAGAAGACAGGGGCCCUUCAGCAUCAUCAUGCUGUUCAUGAAAUAUCCUACAUUGCAAAGGACAUUACAGAUCACCGGGCCUUUGGAUAUGUUUGUGGGAAGGAAGGGAAUCACAGAUUUGUGGCCAUAAAAACAGCCCAGGCGGCUGAACCUGUUAUUCUGGACUUGAGAGAUCUCUUUCAACUCAUUUAUGAAUUGAAGCAAAGAGAAGAAUUAGAAAAAAAGGCACAAAAGGAUAAGCAGUGUGAACAAGCUGUGUACCAGACAAUAUUGGAAGAGGAUGUUGAAGAUCCUGUGUACCAGUACAUUGUGUUUGAGGCUGGACACGAGCCAAUCCGUGAUCCCGAAACGGAAGAAAACAUUUAUCAGGUUCCCACCAGCCAAAAGAAGGAAGGUGUUUAUGAUGUGCCAAAAAGUCAACCUGUAAGUAAUGGCUAUUCGUUUGAGGAUUUUGAAGAACGGUUUGCUGCAGCCACCCCGAACAGAAACCUGCCCACGGACUUUGAUGAGAUUUUUGAGGCAACAAAGGCUGUGACCCAAUUAGAACUUUUUGGGGACAUGUCCACACCCCCUGAUAUAACCUCUCCCCCUACUCCUGCAACUCCAGGUGAUGCCUUUAUCCCAUCUUCAUCUCAGACCCUUCCAGCGAGUGCAGAUGUGUUUGGUUCUGUACCUUUCAGCACUGCUGCUGUACCCUCAGGUUACGUUGCAAUGGGCGCUGUCCUCCCGUCCUUCUGGGGCCAGCAGCCCCUCGUCCAACAGCAGAUGGUCAUGGGUGCCCAGCCACCAGUCGCUCAGGUGAUGCCGGGGGCUCAGCCCAUCGCAUGGGGCCAGCCGGGUCUCUUCCCUGCCACUCAGCAGCCCUGGCCAACUGUGGCCGGGCAGUUUCCGCCAGCCGCCUUCAUGCCCACACAAACUGUUAUGCCUUUGCCAGCUGCCAUGUUCCAAGGUCCCCUCACCCCCCUUGCCACCGUCCCAGGCACGAGUGACUCCACCAGGUCAAGUCCACAGACCGACAAGCCCAGGCAGAAAAUGGGGAAAGAAACGUUUAAGGAUUUCCAGAUGGCCCAGCCUCCACCCGUGCCCUCCCGCAAACCCGACCAGCCCUCCCUCACCUGUACCUCAGAGGCCUUCUCCAGUUACUUCAACAAAGUCGGGGUGGCACAGGAUACAGACGACUGUGAUGACUUUGACAUCUCCCAGUUGAAUUUGACCCCUGUGACUUCUACCACACCAUCGACCAACUCACCUCCAACCCCAGCCCCUAGACAGAGCUCUCCAUCCAAAUCAUCUGCAUCCCAUGCCAGUGAUCCUACCACAGAUGACAUCUUCGAAGAGGGCUUUGAAAGUCCCAGCAAAAGUGAAGAGCAAGAAGCGCCUGAUGGAUCACAGGCCUCAUCCAACAGUGAUCCAUUUGGUGAGCCCAGUGGGGAGCCCAGUGGUGAUAAUAUAAGUCCACAGGCCGGUAGCUAGAUAGCGCAGGUCUGGGAGCCGGAGCCUCUCUACGCGCAGAUCAACAGACCUAAGAAAUAGCAUCGAUGCGAGCUCGUGGUGGGUGCUCAAGACUGGCAUGGACAUCAGCAUCACGACAGGCUCUCUUGUAUUCUUUCACCUCAUCCCACAAGAAAUUCAUGAUUGCCCAAUGGAACUCGCUCAGAAGAGGGUACUAAGCGUUUUUGGCAACCAAUGGCAGAUAUCUAUGGCAGCACACACAGAAAAGUAUAGAAAGAUCCACCCAACAUUAAAUCGCAAAUCAAGCAAAUGCUUACCCAACAAAUAUUUGAGCCCUCAUAGCUGGGUUUAAGGUGACCCAGUGUGCAAAAUUAUUAAUUCCCUUUUUAUUUCUCUACCUGUUGACCACUGUUGAGACACCAAAUUUGGAGUGACAGGCAUCAGAGGAUUACAACAGGGUUGGAACUGACUUCUUUAAGCAAAAGCAAAGGGUCUUCUGUGACCACAAUAUCAUCAUCCAUAUGCCUUUUCACAUAGGAUGAUGUGUUUUUUGUCACUCCAUGGGGCCUGGUCUGCCAUUUUCCCCCCUUUCCUUUCUUUGUCAUGUUUGAAAAUUAGUAGGUGUACAAAUUUUUGUAUUGCUUUUGACUUUUUUUAAAUAUGGGUGAAGAAAUCUAACUGGGGAGAAAAAAAGCCUCAGUGAAAUGAAUUAACUUGAAAUUACAAGACAAAUAAGUGGUUGAUUAUUUGUUAUGAUCAAGAAUGUUGCCAAAACAAUCCUUUAGCUAUUCUGCAUCCUGGUGAAGAAAGACAGCUUUCAGUUUGAACCUUCAUUCUGUGAGUAGGAAAAGACAUCAGAUCCCAUUGAUGAGAAAGAUGAAAAAAUGCAUCUGAUUUCUUAAGAAGCUCUAAACUCUUAAGUACAAUAAAAUGAUAUUUUUUAUUUUUCCGAUAUCUUGCUGCUGUGAUGCUAUGCAGACAAGUGUCUUCUCCACGUGCCAUUUUCAAAGAAAAGUCAUUUGCCAAAUAAUUCUGGUACAAUUCUGGUAAUGUGGUUUUGGAUCUUAAAAACCAACUUUCUAAAGGAACAAUGGUGGCAUACAUAUUCAGAAUAACAAACUGAUUCCGUGGUCCAAAUGGUUCAUCUCUAUCUCUUUUUGUACAUCAGAAAAUUCAAAUGGGAUUUUUAUUUUAUAACUUGAAAAAAAAAAAACCUUACCAUUAAACUCUUUAAAUAUUUAAGGGAAAUGGCUUUAAGGAGUUCUAAUGAAAAAAAAAAUUGUUGUUGUUUUUUUUUUGUAAAUAUAAAUGUCAAUGAAAAUGCUUUUUAAUAAUGCCAUUACACUGUAGAGAAGGUAGCAGAUUGAGUGCAAGGUGUGACAAACUUGAUGGAUGGGGCUCACUUUCCAGAUGUUAUUCUGGAGCAUAUGGUAGGAAGCUGGAGUGCAGGGACCGCUGGCACGAGCAGUUGGCCAAUCAGCAGCUAGUGAACGAGAAGGGAGCACGUGACUCCAUCAUCUAGCCUUUCCACGAGAGUCCCCACCCUCUGUGCAACACAAGAAAAAGACAAUUCACAUUCUGAAGAAUUCAGAUUCUGAAACUCUCCCACCUCCCCACUCCCACCUACCCCAUAUAAAUCACUGGACUGUUUGUACGUGAAACAGAAGAGGCUAAGCUUCCUUUUUUUACACUUAUGAGACAAAAAGUGCAGUGUUUGGUUCGUAUGUUUAGCACAUGAUUUUCAUAAAGAAUCUAUAUAUUUUUGCCCUACAGAGAAUUGUUAUACAGGUCAAGUGUGUUUUCCUGAUGUUCCUAUGCAGUUACAGUAUGUUGAAUUUAGUGUUUUAACACUAAGAAGAAAACUUUAAAGAUUCGUGUGAUUAAUUGGAUUUGGGAAUAAUUAUUAUUUGGUUUUAAGAUUUGAAAAGUAGAAUUUCCAUUGAUAUGAUUGAUUUGAAUAGGCCUGUAUUUGGUUCUUCAUAUCAAUAGAAACUAAAAUGAUUUGGGAGAUUGAUUUGAAAAUGAUUGUAUACUUGUUCACAAAGAGAAAAGUGAUACAUCAAGGUAAUGGUUAUCAUUUAAAGCCCACAUUUUACACUAUCAGGUCACAGGAGUCUAAUUUUUUUUUUCAGUUAGAUAAACUGACCAAAUGUCUAUUCAAGAAUAUAUGUCAAUGUCAUCCUAAUGUGGAAGGUCCGAAGAACCAGAAAAGUGAGAAGGGCCGUUUACCUCCCUCUGUAGCUAUCACCUGUUGGUCCACAGAGUUUCUCAAGGAAUGAGCAAACAUUUUAUGAUUAGGUAGCCCUUUCACAUGAAGGGGAAGAUGGGAAAGGUGGAAUGACUGUAAGAGUUGGCUUGAGACCAGUUCAAGUGUUUUCUGGGGAUUUGAUAAGAUAGGCAGUUCCCAUGGGAAAUUGCUUAAAUUGCUUUGUUGACUAUGAUUUGAUUCUAAACAAGUGGUGCUAUCUUCUCCCUCAAUAUGGCUGUCUUGAGUUUGUCUUGCAGUAUCACACCAUUAUACCAAUUCUUUGAGUUGCUUCUGACACAUUCAAAGGGAACUCUGGCUGAUGUUGCUGUUUCAGGUAUACCAUCUGGAGUUAAUUUCCUAGCAGAAGGUGAAAGUCCAGGGGACUUGUCCUCCUUCAUUGGACAUGACUGAAAAUAUAACUGGCUCUGAACUUCAAGAAGAUGCCCAAGUGAUGCAUUAAAGUGAGGGAAAUAAAGUCAAGAUUUUUCAACUGCCAUCCAUAUUCUCAUUGGCAGCAUUCUGAUUUUUUUUUUUCCAAGCACUGUUUUGGUGAGCCCGGAACCACCGUAUCCUGUCCCAGGAAUACCGUGAAAUUUCCAAGCAAGAGCUGAGGUGCCAAUACCAAAAGACCAUGGGGAGUCUGCACAGUUCUGGUUAGAUCAAUAGAAAAUCCAUGUGUACAACUGUUAAUUCCUCAUCCUCCACUAGCACUAAAUUUGUCACUUUAAAUUUUGAAACCAGGGAAACGCCACCUGUCAUUUUGUCCCCAUUCUCCAUAGCUCUUCAAUCUUUACAUGCCGCAAAACUUUUUUGAUAGCUCGUACUCAUCCCAGUGUCUCCUGAAACCCCAUCAUGUAAUGUACCGGGCACCUUCUUUUAAACAAAUGUUUACUCUGUGGGUUUGGUUCAUUUCAAUUUCUGCGUUCUGACACAUAUUUUUUUAAUAAAGAUGAGAAAGAGAAAAUGACUGUUGCAGUACAUUUCUAGACCUACUUUAACUUUACCUCAGAUGACAGUUUGUUAACAUAUAUGGACACAUUAUUUUUAACUUUAUGUACAAUGCAUUCAACAGAACAGCAAAAUUUUUAGAAAUUUUCCAUUAAUUUCUGUAACACACCAUGUAAAACUGUUAAAAUAAACAUGUUUGAGAACAA